AUGAUCAAGUUCUUAGCUUUAAUUAUAUCAACAGCUAUAUUAACAGUUUCAGCAACGGGAAUUUUUAGAGAUGUAAGUGAUAUUGUCACAGAUUCCUCAAACCCAUGCCACGUAACUUGUCCAAGGGAAUAUGCUCCAGUUUGUGCAACUGAUGCUGAAACCUAUUUGAACAUUUGCCUAUUUGGUGUUGCUAACUGCAUAAAUAAAGACUUGAAGAUUGUGGCAAAUGUAACUUGUCCAGAUCUACUUGUACAUCUUACAUAUGUUGCUCAAAAAGGUGUAGUUGAUAGUGCAAAUGCUUUUGAUGCAACAUUGGGAACUGUAGAGACAAUUACCAAAGGUACCGGUCAGUUAAUAGCUGCAACAAUCAAUACAAUACCAACAAUCGGAUUCCCAACUUUCGGAAAACCAUUUUCUGGUUUUCCAUUACCAUUAAAUACAACUUCAGAAUCUAAUAUUGAGUCAGGAUCUACUACAACAACAACAGUAUCACCACAAGUAGUUUAUACUAGUGGAACAUCAAUAGCUAGACCAACACAGUUAUCUCUUGAAACUUCAACAAAUAUAGCUGGAAAGUUAUACAAAGAAGCUGAAAAUACAUCAAUUUCCACAGUAGAAACCUCAAAUAGAAGUGAUUAUUCUUCGACUACUAAAACAGCUGAAUCAACUAAAAUAUCUGGAAAUUCUUUAGUUUCACAAGUAAGAAAUGCAACUCCGACAAGAACAAUGUUGCAAGUAGGUGAAGCUGUUAAUCUAAAAUUAUCAAACUUAGGUAAUGGAAUUUCAGACUCAACUACAAAUCAAGUAAGUUUAAAUAAUAUUCAUGAUACAUUGACGACAAUUGAAGGGUUAGCAGUACAAGCACUUGAUGAUUUAUCUACAAAAGGUAAUGGUUUGAAUCUACCUCUAAAAUUAUUGAAUCCAUUAAAUACAACAUCAAUUGAAGAUGCAACUAUUGGAUUAGCCAACAGUACUAUAACUCAAAUUGAGAGUGUUAUUCCAACACAUCUGAAUUUAAGUUCUAUUUCUGAAGUUAAUCAGUUACCACAUUUAAGUCUUCAUUCAUUAUCUUCAUCAAUAGAUGGAAUAUUAGAGACUGUUUCAAAUGCUACAACACAAAUUAUUGAACCUGUACAAUCAGGAAAUAAUAGAAACCAGUCAUCUACUUUAAAUACUACAGAGAACCUAACUAACUUUUUACUUUAG